UCUGGCACUAUCAUCAACAUUCUCUACAGAUGCGUCAAGUCGUAAUCACAGUUCUACCUACGGACGUAGUGCGACUGAGAUCAAGACGCGACUUAACCUUGGUGAAUGCAACCAUGCUCUAAUCCGCACACCUCCAAAUUAGUAUGAUGAUAUCCAGCUUUUGACGCCAGCAGCAUCCAAGCCGCAGUAUUAUCUAUCUCCUCAACUGUCGAGUCAUUCUGUCGAGUCCAGAUGGCGGUCACCAAAUGGAUGACCGUGGUACAACAAUGUCUUCUUCGACGGACCUCAGCCUUCGAGUUCGCGCGCUUUCUUGAGGCUCACAAGGAUGAGGUCGACGGCAUUCGUCUCUUCGCCGCCUUGUUUGACUGUCGGGAGUCAUUUUGUGUCAAGGGCGACCCUCUGGUAUCUCUUUACAUUGAUCAUGUUGGAACAGCCGGCAUUGUCAAUAUGUCGCAAGUACUUGUCGCCCUCAUUCGGAAGUGGAACCUAGGGCGACCACCUAAGCCAGCCUCCCUUCUGGAUGCGUUCACUCAAACACUCCAAGACCUCACCAUGAUAUUCGUCUCCCCGAAAUACAAAGCAGAGCCUAACGAGGCUCUUACUUGCUUGUACCUCGCCACGAAAUGGUUGGCAAUCCUGCCAGACAGUCUGUCCGAGACUUCGGCGGAAGCAUCAACUCAAGAACAGAACUAUGUCCUAGAAGCCCUUGCAUUCCUUGUUACUUCUUUGGCGGCAACAGACCGUGGUCUGGAGGCCUUAUCCCAUCCCUCCCCAAAAUCAGGCUCCAGCUCCAAGCCUACGGCUAAACUCCAACUAUCAAUUCGCAAGUCAAUCGAACAGUGUCUAGCGAGAUCUUCCACCCUGUCGCCUUCUUCUGUUGAUCGUCUUGGUGCGGUGCUCAAGCACAUUACAAUGACGGAUGAUAUAUCCUCGCAACCAGGGCCUUCAUCUCAAGCAUCUGAGAUGCAAGCUCUACAAUUUCAGGUAUCAAUCACUGAUACCCAGAUAGUUGCGUCCAAAGCAGCCACGAUCGUCUACCUGGAGUCGCUACUUCUGACCGGUCAAACAAUCGACGAUAACAUCCUCAUCAGCUUCUUAUCUGCACGUCAUCAGAACGACUACCAGGCAGCCCUCAUUGACGUGUUUACCUCCUCCUUCGAGAUUCUCAAGUUUCAGAUGGCUUCUGGCGACUCUGCUCGUGGCCAGGAGCAAUGCACAGUCUUCAUACAAAACAAGCUUCCGGUCAUUUUAUCGAUGAUAAUGGCAUCUUCAUUCAACAGUUUCAACAUCGAGCAGACCCUCACAGAGUCAUGGCAUCAAGUUACAUCAACAUCACCCAGCCAAAAAAUUCUGAAUGUAGGCCAUCGUUGUCUGCACACGUGUUCUUUGUUACACCUAGUGACCCAACAAGCUGUCUCCCAGCUGAUUGGUGAUGGCAAUACUGAGACUUUGGCUCUCAGCAAGGGUCUUUACCUCAAGGAUGAUCUCGUGGCUCAAGUGCACGCCAAUGCCGCACGAGGCCCAAACCUGGUGCAAGAGCUGGUCCGCAGAGAUGGCAGCGCAGAUGGCAGCGCUGGUCCAAUCAGUCAGGCCAUCAUCGAGAUUAUGCAUAGUUAUUGUCAAACCAAAGAGACUCAAUAUCUCAAAGACCUCGCCAACGCUCUUCUCAAAAAGCCAAGUGCUAUCACUUGCAUCUCUCUGUUUGUACGUCCAUCCUACUGGCUCAGCCCACUUUGCGUCCUCCUUGACGACUGGCGCUGGGAUGAAAUUCACGGCGAGGCUCAACCAGUAUAUGAUCAGUUCGGUGCAGUAUUUCUUCUGGUUCUAGUCACUAAAGCAGUUCUCGGCCUGAAAAAGUCCGAUCUCGGAAUCCGCAAAAAGGACGGAUUCCUUGCGGAAUACCUAGAUCGAGAAAACAGCGAAUAUGCUUUGAGCGAGCUUUCUGAAGAGAAAUCGAAGCUUCUCGGCGAUUGGAUCAAUGCCCUUUAUAUCGCCGAAGGUCUGAGCGACGAUCUUUUCACGGACUGUAGUCCCCAUGACUUCUACCUCCUGAUUCCCACUUUGCUCCGCCAAUCUAUCACGGCUCAUCAAAGGGAAAAGCUGACUAUGGAGGCAUUGUCUGCUGGACUGGAGUAUCUGUUAGAACCGUUCUUACUACCAUCACUUGUGUCAGCAUUGAACUGGGUCGGCAACAUUCUCUCAGACAGCCCACCGCUUGCAGGAGCUGUGCUUCAAGUAUUUCUCAAAUCCCCCAGCAAUCCAGAAUCACAAGACAUACAUCAAACCAUUCUCGCAAAAGCGGCACCCACAUUGAGGAAACGGAUCGAACAUGGCCACUAUCAGGAGGAAUCUUUAGACACAGCCCUAAAAACCCUCCUGAAAUUCCCCGAGUUUUCAUUUGGACCUGAAAGCCAAUUAGUUGGCGCCUCUCCAGAAGGAGUUUUGUCCAGCUUACGAAACGCCAUUACAACGAUGCUGAGUGUUAUCAGUACACUGGACAUUGACAACACCAUGACCUCAUCUGCUCGAUACUCACCCUCGUUGGUGAAUCAAGCCAUCCGGUUCACGAGCCCGGCCAUGACACUGCAAACCCUGAUAUCGAUACUACUUCAGUUCAGCGAGUCACACAACUUCGUUCUAGCACUGGACCUGAUAUCGACCAUCAUCAGCACAUCCGAUUCAAACCUACGGGACAAUUUACGAAUACGAUAUAACACGCUCAGCCAACUCCUUCGACGAGGCGACACGCUGACUGCAGAAGCGAUUGUGCGGCUAUACCGACAGGUAGAGGCGUAUAGCACGGUUCUAACGGUGCAGGACAUGAGUCUGGAUCCGUUUGCGUUCGCACAGCAAAUGGCAAAUAUCGACACGGCAAAUCCUAGUCUGGACCCAGUGGUGGCUUCGACGACGGACCAGGCGCCCAUGGACAUGGAUAAUCUCCCAGGAGCUAGUCAAGGAGACGUGGUUCCAACGGAGGACGGUAUCGACCAAGUCCUCAAUGAGGCGGCGGCUAUGGAUGGAUUGAAGGAUUCUAUGGAUGGCUUGGACGGCGAUCUGAGUUGGGAUGCCCUGUACGGUGACGGGAGUAAUGAUAUGAACCUUGAGGAUCUGGAUGCCUUGGACCUUGACAUGUUCUAGUGGGUGUUACUGCGGCUGCUCCAGUACUGGUGUCCAUUGUGGGUUCUUUAUUGGUGGUGAUCAGCCGGCGGAAGACUAUAGAUUAUGGGUUGCACAGAUAGAGAUGUCAGAGCCUCUGUGAGUGGUUUAGAUUUCUGGAAUGGAUUCCCACAGACCAGAGGUUGUGGGAAUAUUUCUAUUCAAGUCUGCAG